GCAAAUAUUAAUUUUAAGCAAAAAUACAACUUAAAAACGUUCUAAACAAACAUAAAAUUAUUAACGAUAAACGUAAUUGACGAAAAGCGUAAUUACAAUUCAAGCCAUAACGGUAAAUAAAUAAAGCAGAGCUUUUAAUAAAUUAUAGCACUUAACAAAAGUCUUUCAAAGUGAAUACAAAAAAAAUAUCACCUACCAGAAAGCAUUCAUGGGCACGUGAAAGCUCUACUGAAAGUUAAAAAAGCGUUCAAUUCGAAAGCUUUGCCGUAAGCUAUUUUGCUAGCCACACGAAUGUUACACGUUCAUUUGCAGAGCUUUAAGCUGUAGAAAAAAAGCUUUGAUAUUUCCAUUUUAUUGCUACACAUUGAACGCGUGCCUUGUGCUCGAGCUUAAGUAUUAAGAAGCAUAAGAUGUCCGCAUCGCCUGCCACGACUAGUGUCAUCACUUCAAACGAACUUGCCAUACAACAACACCAACAACAGCAACAGCAGCUUCAACAUCAGCAGCAACAGCAACAGCAACAACACCAACAACUACAAACACACAAUUCUCCCACACGUGUCUCACUACCACCCGGUGUCACUGUGACCAACGUUGUAACGACAAACUCCUCCGCUGCCGCAUCUGCCGCCGGCGCCAACGGUUUAUCACUCAUGCAUCGUUCACCAGAUAGUCCACAGCCCGAGUUGGCCACCAUGACUAAUGUUAACGUACUCGAUCUUCAUACAGACUCCUCGAAGCUCUACGACAAGGAUGCCGUCUUCAUCUAUGAAAGCCCGAAGGUGGUGUUGCCAGCCGGUGUGGGCACCGGUGCGACAGUGACCAAUGAUGAGCAUGUGAUUGAUGCCCGUAUGGUUGCGCAAUUGAACGAACAACAGGCUGCUGUUGCAGCGGCUGCCGCUGCUGCUGCGGCGACCGAUAAUCAGCCGUUGGCUAAGAUUGAAUUCGAUGAAAAUCAGAUAAUACGCGUCGUUGGUCCGAAUGGCGAGCAACAACAAAUUAUUUCACGUGAAAUAAUCAAUGGAGAACAUCACAUACUGUCACGUAACGAGGCGGGCGAACACAUACUCACACGCAUUGUCAGCGAUCCGACCAAAUUGAUGCCAAGCGAUAAUGCCGUGGCCGCUGCAAUGUUCAAUCAGGCACAAAAGAUGGCUAAUGAUCAUGGCGUAUAUCAGACGUCGCCGUUGGAUGCGUCAAUGUUGCAGCAUUACGAGCAGGACAAUGUUGUUAAGGCGGAGGUGGAUAUAUAUGAUGAUCCGAAGAAGCCGCCGGGUAGUGGCGGUGGUGGUCAACAAAUACUCUAUACCACGGCAGGUCCGGAUGCCGGCAAACAAUUGUCGCACAUGCCCGUCACAGCGAAACUGGAGUCGGAUAUGUAUCCGACAGACAAACACAUUGAUUUGAUCUAUAAUGAUGGCAAUAAAACCGUUAUAUAUACAACAACGACCGAUCAAAAGGGUCUAGAGAUUUACUCGGGCAGUGAUUUGAGCGGCCUGGUUGCCGAUGGCCAAGUGGUGGUGCAAGGUGGUCUGCAAUAUGCUGGCGCUGGCACAGCUGGAGGACAGCCCGUCUACAUUGUAUCGGAUGGAAGCUUGCCGCCGGGCGUUGAGGGUCAUUUACAAAGCACACCUACGGCCACUAACAGCAAGCUGAACGGCCAAACCACACCUCUGGACGUAUCUGGCCUAUCGCAAAAUGAAUUCCAAGGCCUAUUGCUUGGUGCACACCCAUCGGCGGCUGGCGGUGCCGGCAACGCAGUCACAACACCAACAACCAUCACGCAACAUUCGGCCAUUGUGGCUGCAGCCACAGCAGCUGCAGCGGCAGCUGGUAGUGCCACCACAGCUGUGGUCGUGACCGCCGAACAGCAACGUCAGGCACAACAACAGCAGCAGCAGCAACAGCAACAACAACAACAGCAGGCACAACAAACUAUCAGCAUCAAGCGCGAACCGGAAGAUCUGCGUAAGGAGCCGAAAAGUGGCGGCGUUAGCAGCACAAUUGUCGAUGGGACGAACAGCAUCACUAACGGUCAUCAUCAGCAGCAGCAGCAUGGCGGCACGAAGGUUUUAGUUGUCCAAUCACCAUCGCCAACAGCACAAACAACAACAAUACAUAUUAAAGAAUCGCCUAAUAGUCCUGGAAGUCCAACAACUGAGACAAUGUACGCUGCCAGUGGCGGCACACAAAUUUACUUGCAGGGCGCUCAUCAGUCCAAUGCACCUGGCAGCGCUGUCGGCGGUCCGAAUAAUGUAAACGUUCAAAAUGCCCAGACACCCAGCCCAGGUCCGUAUAUCACACCCGAUGGAUAUGGCAUGUACACGACUACACGCCUCACUUCAGGCGGUCCCACAUCGACAUUCAUAACCGAACCCUAUUACCGGGAAUUUUAUACCACAGCCACUACAGCGGACACACAAACCGGUUAUGGACAGGCGCCACGUAAUAUUGUGUAUGGUGGCGCUGAGAGCGAACCGCCACAUCCGGGCACAACAUAUGAGGGUCGUUUCACCACAGCUGCCGCUCCUGUGAACAGCAUGCCCACACAUAGUACAGCUACGACGGGCACAAUAAAAAAUGGCGGCACACCGGUGUAUGCAAAGACCAUAACGGCUGCUGGGUUGACAGUGGAUUUGCCUAGUCCAGAUUCGGGUAUUGGCGCUGAUGCGAUUACACCAAGGGAUCAAAAUAAUAUACAUCAGUCUUUCGACUAUACAGAGCUUUCGGGCACACUAUUGGACAGCAAUGGCGGCAUACCCGUCUCGGUGAAUAGCAUACAACGUGGCGCUGUUAGCGUUCACGGUCAAAAUAGUCCGACUACUUCGUUGGGUGGUUCGACGCCGAAUGGCGCAACACGUUCGAGGCCGUGGCAUGAUUUUGGGCGACAAAAUGAUGCGGAUAAAAUACAAAUACCAAAAAUCUUCUGCAAUGUCGGCUUCCGCUAUCACCUAGAGAGUCCAAUCAGUUCAUCACAACGCCGUGAAGACGAUCGCAUCACAUACAUAAAUAAAGGACAAUUCUAUGGCAUUACACUGGAAUAUGUGCCCGAUCCGGAUAAGCCUAUCAAAAAUACAACCGUUAAGAGCGUUAUUAUGCUGAUAUUUCGUGAAGAGAAAAGUCCCGAUGAUGAAAUCAAAGCCUGGCAGUUUUGGCAUAGUCGACAACACAGCGUUAAACAACGCAUUUUAGAUGCAGAUACGAAAAAUUCCGUCGGCCUAGUUGGUUGCAUCGAGGAGGUCUCCCACAAUGCCAUCGCCGUCUAUUGGAAUCCACUAGAGAGCUCAGCCAAGAUCAAUAUUGCUGUCCAAUGCCUGAGUACGGACUUCAGCAGUCAAAAAGGAGUUAAGGGCCUACCACUACACAUUCAAAUCGACACAUUCGAGGAUCCACGCGAUGCGCAAGUCUUCCAUCGAGGCUACUGCCAAAUUAAGGUUUUCUGCGAUAAGGGUGCUGAGCGUAAAACACGUGAUGAGGAGCGUCGCGCUGCUAAACGUAAAAUGACCGCCACAGGACGUAAGAAGCUCGAUGAGCUAUAUCAUCCGGUCACUGAUCGUUCGGAGUUUUAUACAAUGCAAGAUUUACAAAAGCCACCGGUAUUAUUCUCACCCGCCGAUGAUAUGGAAAAGGUGAGUUGCAUAAGCUUCUACGGCCACGAGACUGAUUCACUGACCGGCGCACCAGAUCUCAAAGGCACAUCACCAUUCUUAUUGCAUGGCCAAAAAGUGGCGGCGCCAACACUCAAAUUCCACAAUCAUUUUCCGCCCGACGUGCAGACCGACAAAAAGGAUCACCUGCUGGAUCAAGGUUUAGUACCCAGUGCCAUGGGCGAUUAUGUGCCACCAUUGAAACGUGGACGCAUGACACCGCCAACCAGCGAACGCGUUAUGCUGUUCGUGCGACAGGAGAACGAGGACAUAUACACGCCAUUACACGUGGUGCCGCCCACAACUAUUGGCCUCUUGAAUGCGAUUGAAAGUAAAUACAAAAUCUCAACAGCGAGUAUAAAUAAUAUUUAUCGUACAAAUAAGAAAGGGAUUACUGCGAAAAUUGACGAUGACAUGAUAUCGUAUUAUUGCAAUGAAGAUAUCUUUCUGCUGGAAGUGCAACAGAUCGAAGAUGAUUUAUAUGAUAUAACAUUGACGGAGUUACCCAAUCAUUGAACAAACGCCUAGAGCUAUGCAGAAGAAAAUAAUAAAAAUUUACAUAAAAAUAAAAAUAAAAAUAAAAAAAAUUAAAAAUAAAAAACAUAUUUUUACACAUGUGUAAGCAGCAAUAAGCGUGAGCUAAAAUUAAUACAGCAACAAAUUACAGUGGCAGCUAAAAAUAAUAACAACAACAACAACAACACAAAAGAAAUAUUAAACUGUAGCGAAAACUCACCACACACACACCAUGUUAUUGUAUUUGUUUGAGAAGAAGCUGAAGUGUUUGGUCCUUUUAUGUUUUGUUUUGACUGUUUUACCAAUAUGACAGCAACAACAAAAGUAAAAACUACAGUAAUGCACAAAAUAUUGGACACAAUGAUUAUUAUGUUAGAUAAGACGUUUUUUUUUUUUUUUGUAUUAAAUUCUAUGCAAAUUAUUUUAUUCAAAUAAUAAAAGAAAAAGUAAAUGAAUGAAUAAAUAAUUUACAAAUACUCUUAUGAACAUACAAAUAUACAUACAUAUAUAUUUUUAUACAUGCUAAGCUAAUUAAAUAUGCGGAGUAAAAUAUUGAAGAACGUAAAAUUUAUUUACUUGUGAGUUUACACAAUAAAUGACGAAAAAUAUAUAAAUAAAUUCAAUAAAUUUAUUUAUAAACAUUAUUAUUCUAUAAAUGUAUGUUAUAUGCUAUGAGUGUAGAUCAAAGCCAUUUACUUGCAAACUGGCUAAGUGUUAGUGGAAAAUAUAAUAGAAAAGUGGUAUGCUGCAAAAAAAAAAUACUAAAAAAUAUACAAAUUCACAAA